UAGAUGAAAGGGCUUUUGGAUUUUGGGUGACGCUUUGAAUCACGUGUUCAUAGGAAAUACACUCGCUAUAAUUUUGGCUGCCUCGUCCUGCGCCGCCGACCAUAGUUGUUUGCUGUCCAUACUGUGUACCAGGAUAGGUAAUGUACCUUGCAUGUGGUCACUAGCGAGUUCACGCCAGUUCACCGGGUUCACUUGAGGAGACGUCCCACCCCCUCCUCUCAAAGCUGAACGAAGGGAGCUAAUCUAAUAUUAUUCAUUUAUAUAUUAAUGUCGGAUUCCGUCUCCCGGGCCAACCAUUAAGGUUUCCAGCAGUCUACAAAGGCAAACUUGUCCAUGGACCAGAAAUCCUAAAGAGGCGGACCGGCCAUCAUGAAGCAACACUGUGAUGUCAUAUUAACUGCUCCAUGACACUAAACCUCUGUUUGACCUCUCCACUAUCCACCCGCCCUCUGUUUCCAUCAGACCGGACCUUCAACCAGUCACUCACACACACAACACACAGCACUGCACCAUGGCUAGCAAGAGGAAGUCCACUGUGCCCUGCAUGAUACCAUCCAAAUCCAAGCACAUGCGUGAGGAGAUCAUAAUGGGCUGCCUGCCAGAUCUCCUGCCCACAAUCCCAGAAGAUAGCAUACUCAGCAUCUCUGGAGACGGGUCCGGCCACAACCAACACACGUCCCCCAAACCACCCGAAAUCAACAGGGGACAGAAAGGGGGCACGUACAGUUGCUCAAACUGUCGGUUUGAGUCCAGAGACCUGAACUACUUUCUGGACCACAUGCAUAAUUGCCACAUAGACUUCAGAGCACAGCCCACCUUCUACUGCCUCAACUGCGGGGUAUCAGUUGUCCGUUUUGAGGCCCUGGCUCUGCAUAACGCUAAGGCCCACAGAGGAAUAAUGCAAGGCUCCAUCACAGCCUCCCUCCAAGUCAACAAGAGGGACGGGUUGACCACCGUGGAGCAAAGUCUCUUCACUGAAAGUGGGGAAGACUACAGAGAGUCUGGGCUGUCUCUCACCAAAACACCCAUUGCAAAGAUGAUGAAAACCAAGGGAGAGCACAAAAAGAUAGUGGUUUCCCACACUGUGGAGGUACGAAAGAUAGACACUGGAAAGGAUGUAGACCUCAACAUGCUGACAAAUGUGCCUGAACUCCAAAACGGGGCUCUCAAUGUUUCUGGUGCCCCAGCUAUGCCGAGGACUACCGUCACCCGCGUGACCACGACGACGUCCAAUCAAGUCUUUCACCAGCAGACGCCUCCCCUUUACUCCUCCCAUUCCUCCAAUUCCUUUAAAGACCUUCCAAAGGUGAUGAUCCCUCUAAGCAGCAUCCCGACCUACCAUGCCGCCAUGGACACCAGCAGCUUCCUGAAGACAUCCUUUGGCAAGUUCCCCUAUCCGACCAAAGCAGAGCUCUGCUAUCUGACGGUGGUCUCAGAGUUCCCAGAGGAGCAGAUCAAGUUGUGGUUCACCGCCCAGCGGCUCAAGCAGGGUAUCAGCUGGUCUCCUGAGGAGAUUGAAGAGGCCAGGAGGAAGAUGUUCAACACUGUUUUCCAGGGCCAGCCACAGCAGAAGCAGCCGGUAGUGCCACAGCAUGCCAGUCACAUGGUCACCCACCGCACCGUCACCUCCCAGCCUGCCCUAUUGGGCCCAGUAGGACCACACUACCCCAUGCCCAAUAUCCCCUUCGGCAGUUUAAGGAAUCGAUCCACCGGGGUCAUUACCACACAAGCUAACAUGUCCACCAACCCCAAGGUCACGAGGGUCACCUACUCUGCUCCAGCCUACCCCCCAAAGUUUCCAUCUGUUGUUAGAACGGCGCAGGUGCUGAGCAAGAACACCCACCUACCACCGCUUGAGCCAACUAAGAACAAUGGCCUGGACAUGGCUGGAGGCAGUGUCUGCGUCAGUAGCACUAGCAGCAGUCGCAGCAGUAGCAGCAGCAGUUGCAGCAGUAGCAGCAGCAUCAGCAGUUAUUCCAGUUGUAGUAACGGCGGGGAAACUGGAAAAAAGAAGCACGUGAACGGCAACAGCCCCAUUAACGGAAUGGUUACCUGCUCUAACAACACGAGCAAUAAUGAGGAGCACGGCAGCAACACGCACGUCAAAAUGGACACUAUACCCAUGGAGAUGGAAGGUGGUGCCACUACCAAGAGUAAAGUGAUUGUGAAUAACACCAGCAUAACUGACAUGCCCUGCAACACCUAUAACAACAACAGCACUAUGACUCAACACGAGCAGUCCCGGUUCACAAAGCCUAAUGGCGACUGCAAUAACUAUACGAACCAACACACCAAAAACGGCAGUAUAAGUAGUGAUUGCCCCAGCACUACAGGUAACGACAGUGUUCCCGACUUCCCCAACCAUGCAACCAGCAACUCCCCAAACGAAAGCACCAGCACCACUGUCAUUACCAAGAGCUGCAGCAGCCUGUCGCCUCUGGAGGAGGGCCCGUUCACCAAGGACUUCCCCAUCAAAGGCAUGUCGAUCCUGCAGCAACUCAUCAAGGACGACAACCCUGAGCAGGACCCGUGCUGUCCAGAGGUGAAGUUCGAUCCCAUCCAGAUCAACCUGAAGAAACAGAAGAUGAACGACCUGGAGCCUAAGUCAGAUAUGGAUAUUUUUGCGCCUUUAACAAUGAACCCAGAUACAUUCGACAGGCCCCUAUCACAGCCGUCCUUUCCAUCCCCCUGGGGCAAUAUGACCCCUCACCAGGUGCACAUCCUCCGGCAAGUGUUCUGCGGCACACCCUGGCCCAGCAGCCAGCAGUACGAGGACCUAAGCAUCAUGACUGGCCUGCCCAAGUCAGAGGUGGUGCGUUGGUUCAGCGACAGCCGCUACAUCCACAAGAACAGCCAGCGGAAGUGGCUGGAGAGCUACCAGCGCCUGCCAACGGAGUCGGAGGAGUCCAACGCCCGCGGAGAGGCUAACGGCCAGACGCCAAUGGACCCACUGAUGGUGCGGAGGAAUUCCCCGGAGCAAGACAAGACCAUGCACAACGAGGGAUCAGGAGCAGGCAUCAACCUGUGUCAGCGCGAGGUGUGGCAGGAUGCAUACUCCCCGCUGCUCGGCCUGAUGGGCUCCGCCGAGGCCGGGGACCGAGGGAGGCCCGGGACAUCAGUGCCACCUGGGGUCCUGCAGGACCCUUGGUUGGAGAGCGUGAAGGACCACCCGCAGCCAAUGGCCAACCAGUCCUUCAUGGAGCAGCAGACGGAUGCCAGCCAGGCCAGGGAUCGCCUGAGGAUGGAGUUGCUAGAGGUGUGAUGGGUCUGGCCGGCCCCCCACCAGAGGCGGGGCCCGUCGGCCCGGCCUGCUGCCCGGUCCCCCCUGGUGUGUGUGAUCAUCAUGACAGCAGAAGUGAUUGUAGCUGGACCGUUGGAUUCUGACUGUAACUGUGAAUAUCCCCCUCUUCCUCUUCCUCCUCCUCCUCCUCCUCCUCCCUUACACCCCCCCCCCCCUACUCCACCACCACCCUCCGUCCCUCUCACCACCCACCUGCCAUCACUUCCUGCCAUCAUCAAAAGAAAGAAACUUCUCACCUUUUUUGAGUCCUGUAAUGUUUUAACGCCUUUUCAUGCUUCUCUGUGGUCGUGUUGGGGGGGGGUUGGGGUGGGGUGGGGUGGGGUGGGGGGGGCGGGGGGCGAACACGGCGCUCGGCCCGGGGGGAGCGACGGAUCUAACGGAAGGAAAAAAAACAAAAGAGGGAAAGAAGACGCGCACACUAGACUUGGCAUACUGACCCGAAAGAGAGGAAAAAAAUAGGAGAAUGGCAACGGAUAAUGUUUUGGGCAGAGGGAGAAUUAUAUAUAAAUAUAUAUAUAUGAAUAAAACUGCACUAUAAAAGAUGGUUUGUACUGAUUGGACAAACAGAAAAAAAGGAUGUGUCAAGGAAAUGUUCUUGUUAGCUUUGUGAACCUUUUAUUUUUUACUUCUUUAUUUUUUUUAGCAACCAGUACUUCAGCACUGCCUUGAAUUGUACUUGUUUCCGUUACUCUGUUUGUUAAAUUCUAUUUACUCAAUCCUAUACUCACUGUAAGUCCAGAUGCAAUCAAAAUAUGUUUUUUUUAGGUCUGUAUAAAUGUUGGCUACACACAAGAGACUAUAACCAUAUAAUGCACUAUAAAAAAAGAAAAGAAGACAGCAAUGCUAAAAUCACACUGCCCCAGAGUGAGCAUAUUGAUAGUUUUGUGAAAAUCAAUACACUACACUGCCCUGCAAACCCAAUGUGGAGAGAAGCCUGUCACGCUAAAGUUGCCUUACUCAGCUCUGUCCAUGUGUUUAUUUCACCUUCUGGCUAUCACCUAGCUUUUCAGCUGCUGCGCUUUCCAAAAAAAAAAAAAGAUUGUCAGUGCAACAAUAAGUUGCCCGUGCAACAAUAGUCACUGUUGGUCUAUAUCUGUGGAAAAAUAAUAACUUGUGCUGCUUUCUGUACACUUGGAAAUGUUUAAGCUGUAAUUGUAUCAAUUAUUGUUUCUGACUAAAUGAAUAAUGUUGUUAAAUGCAAAAAUAAUCAAUUUGACCCCUUGACAUGACAGAGUGAGACAUCAUGGUAGCUAGAGAGCCAAAUUUGGAGGUGCUUUUUCCCCUCCUCUGAAUAUUCUUGUGUUCUUUUAAAACAUACAUUCACUACAUAAAUCCUAUUAAGCUGCAUCUUUGUUGAGCUGCUAAAAAGCUAAGAACGGUGCUAUACCAUCCAAAGUGAAAUUGGAGGUCACUCUCCUACCAGCAGUGUAUGCACUUGUGUCGAAUGUUACAAAAAAUAUUUUGGUUUGAGACUAAUGGAAUCUGGACUUACGGUGUUAAGAUCACUUAAAUCUUUUAUGAAAAACUCUUGAUCAUAAAGCACUGUUGUAUCAUCCUUUCUAAACUUCUGAAUCUUUACAGAAUAAACAGAAUACUCACCAAGCA